AAGCUUUUAGUCAAGUGAUUUACACAGGGAGAGAAGUUGAUGCCGGGGGUCCUACCGACCGGAACCGAGUCUUCAUUACUGAUCAUUUUAUCAGUUCAUUUCCUUCUGGGGAUUUGUUCUGUCGCACCUCCACAGCCUUAAAUCGCGUGUUUGUGUUUGUGUGAGUGUGUGUGAGUGAGUGUGUGAGAGAGUGAGUGAGUGUGAGUGAGUGUGUGAGAGUGAGUGUGUGUGUAUGUGAGAGUGUGACUGAGUGUGUGAGUGUGUGUGCGGCGCGUGUUUUUCUUUCUUUCUUUCCUUUUUUUUGUUGCUGUUGUUGUUGUUGCUGCUGCUGUUAAUUUCCGCUCGGUGUUUGGAUCAUGAAUAAACUGUACGUGGGGAACCUGAGUCCCUCGGUCACAGUGGAAGACCUGAAGCGGCUGUUCGGCGAGCGCCAGCUGCCCGUCAGCGACCGGACCGUCUUACUCAAGUCCGGUUACGCUUUCGUUGAUUUCCCUGACCAGAAGUGGGCCAUAAAAGCCAUUGAAACGCUGUCAGGGAAAGCCGAGUUGCACGGAAAGGUGAUCGAGGUUGAUUAUUCCGUUCCCAAAAAACUAAGGAGUCGUAAGAUUCAGAUCCGGAACAUUCCCCCUCACCUGCAGUGGGAGGUUUUAGACAGCCUGUUAUCACAGUACGGCUCAGUAGAAAACGUGGAGCAAGUGAAUGCUGACUCAGACACAGCUGUGGUGAAUGUCACAUAUGCAUCAAAAGAGGAAGCUAAAGAGGCCAUAGAGAAGUUGACGGGCCACAGUCUGGAUAAUCACUCCUUCAGCGUGUCCUACAUUCUGGACGUGGAGGGCAGUGGGAAUGAGAGUGAGGCGGGACCCCAGGCCCAGCGUGGGGCGUCCCGGGGAGGCAGAGGGGCGCGGGAGUCUGACUCCGCCCAGUCCGGGGCCAUGGGGGGUCUGCAGGGAGCUCACCACACACACCAUGAGCUCCCGCUGAGACUGCUCGUACCCACACAGUUUGUGGGAGCCAUCAUUGGAAAAGAGGGCCUGACCAUCAAGAACAUCACCAAGCAGAGCCAGUCCAAAGUGGACAUCCACCGUAAGGAGAAUGCAGGGGCUGCGGAGAAGCCCAUCACCAUCCACUCGUCUCCAGAGGGCUGCUCACAUGCCUGCAGGAUGAUCCUGGAGGUCAUGGAGAAAGAAGCCACCGACACCAAGACUGCUGAGGAGGUUCCUCUGAAGAUUUUGGCCCAUAACAGUCUUGUAGGACGGCUAAUUGGUAAAGAAGGCAGGAACCUGAAGAAGAUUGAACAGGACACUGGGACCAAGAUCACCAUUUCCCCCCUGCAGGAUUUGACCAUCUACAACCCGGAGCGUACCAUCACAGUGAGGGGAGGGGUGGAGGAGUGCUGUAAUGCAGAGGUGGAAAUCAUGAAAAAGCUGAGAGAGGCAUACGAGAACGACGUGGCCGCCCUGAACCUGCAGACGGCACUGAUCCCUGGGUUGAACCUGAACGCUUUGGGGAUUUUCUCUCCUGCUCUGCCUGUUCUGUCUUCAGCCACAGGGCCACGUGGAGUCACUUCACUUCCUGCCACCUACAACCCCUUACUGGGUCAGGCAUCAGCACUGGCUGGUUUGUACGGAUCUCCCCCCACUUUACCCCUUCAACAAACAGCACCGGAGCAGGAAGUGGUGUAUCUUUUCAUACCCACUCAAGCAGUUGGAGCUCUAAUAGGGAAGAAAGGACAGCACAUCAAGGAGCUGGCACGGUUUGCCGGAGCUUCUAUCAAAAUCGCUCCAUCAGACAGUCCUGAUGCCCCGGAGAGGAUGGUUAUCAUCACCGGCCCUCCUGAAGCUCAGUUUAAGGCUCAGGGUCGGAUAUUCAGAAAGCUGAAGGAGGAGAACUUUUUCACUGCUAAGGAGGAAGUGAAGCUGGAGACGCACAUCAAAGUCCCUGCGGCCGCUGCUGGUCGAGUCAUAGGCAAGGGCGGGAAGACGGUGAACGAACUUCAGAAUCUCACCAGCGCUGAGGUCAUCGUUCCACGGGACCAAACGCCCGAUGAGAACGACGAGGUGUUUGUGAAAAUCAUCGGCCAUUUUUUUGCCAGUCAGACUGCACAGCGGAAGAUCAGGGAAAUCAUCCAACAAGUCAAACAGCAGCAGCAGAAAAACCAGCAGGGGGCAGCAACACCAUCGCAGCACACCAAGUGACCAGCAGGGGGCAGCCAGCAAGCAGCAGCAGCAGCCUAUGAAUGUAGCUCCUCCGAGCGCAAACCAAAUCGAGCAAAAAAGGCGCAAGAGAACGAAAAAACAAGCGGGAGGGAAACACACGAGACGGACAAGCAACAAGAUCGAAACCAAAGAACCUUAUAAGACCUGAGCGAGCCUCACUCCGAGAGCAAAAACAACCCUGUGAGUGCUCUGAACAUCCAGACGAGCGCGCCAGCAGGUGACGGAUGUCUAAAAUUCUGAACGUGUGGAGAUGCUGUGUAACGGUACGCUGGGUUGGAUCUGUCCUCUGAGAAGCACACGUUAUUAGCGAAGCGGAAAUCCGGCUGCCUGUGAGAUGAUCUUACCAGCAAACAUCGUGCUUCUCUCCACACAGGAGUGGAAGUGGCAGCCAUAAGCACAUUCAGGCUGAGUGCGAGCACACUGUGGAAAUGUAGCCUGACUAGCAUUUAACAACGUGGACUGUUGAGCGAGUGACACAUAACUACCUGAGGGAGUGUUGAGUAAAGACGAGUAGGUGUGUAACAGUGUUCAUUGAUUAGAAGACCAUAACGUGCUUUCUAUUGAGUCAUUUGUAGCCUUAGAUAGUUUUACUUAAGAAAAAAAAAAAAAAAAAAGCAAGGACACCUAGGGCAGAUUUUCCAACUCAUUUAGCGUGUGGCAAAGCGGUUAGCAUGUCCCAAUCACACUCUGAAAUUUCCUUAGCAUAGAUGCUAAUUAUGCACUUUUUAGUGUUUGUUAAUCAGGCCGUUAAUGUGAAUAAAUAACCAGGCUUUAGUUUAGCUGUUCUAAAGCUUCUUAGUUUAAAGAUUCUUAGUUUCCGUUUAAUAGCAUCUGAUAAUUAGCCUUCGUGUUAACCCGCUUCUCCCGUCUUGCUUUAUCUCUGUGUUUCUUUCCCAAAUUUUUUCAAGCUCAUCUGUCCAAGAUGAAAGUCUACUGACCUCUCCUGGCCUACAAAUUAUGAGGGAUAAAAAAAACAAAACAAAAGAGUUUAAUGUGAUUCUAUAAUUGUAAAAAUCUCCAAUCAGUCUGAUAUUAUUGCGAUUUUAUUGUUGUUUUGGGAAAGCCAGAAUGGCCUCACUCAUUCUAAAUACAUGUUCUGUACUAGAUUCAACAAAAGCACUUAAAAUAUUUUAGCGUACAAAAAAAAAAGUGAACAGCAAAUGUCUGGUGAAGUGCAAGUGCAAUAAGUAGAGGCUGCCUACAAGCUGCAUUCAGGACCCUUAAUCACGUCCUGAACAGGCGGCCUGAGAACUAGUGAAUGUAUACUGUGUUUCUACCUGCCUUCUGCAGCACACAGCAUCCUGUCUUUCUUUCUGUCUUUCUUUCUGUGUGCGUGUCUGUCUCUCUUUUUCCUUUCUUUGUUUUUCUUUUAUUUAUUUUUUCAUCUUUUAAUUUUUCCCCAUUUAUUUUAACGUCAUUUCUUUUUGCUUUCUUUCUUUCUUUUCGUAUUCGUCUUUUAAUUUUUUUUUCUUUUCCCUUAAUUUUUGUAUUUCUAUCUUCCUUUCUUUUUUCCAUUUUUUUCCUUCUUCUUUCUUUAUUUGGUCUUUUCUUUGUCAUCUUUAAUUUCUUUCUUUUUUUCUUUGUUUUAAUUUGUCCUUCUUUUUCUGUUUUCUUUGUUUCUUUCUUUGCUAUCUUUUUCCAUCUUUUAUUUUUUUUCUCUUUUAUUUCUGUUGUCUUUAUUUCUUUUUGUUUAUGAAUUUCUAUCAUCCUUCCUUUAUUUUUUAUUUUGUGGUUUUUUUUUUUCUUUUUCCCCUUUGUCUCUCUUUCUCUGUUUCUUCUCUUUCCUUUUCAUCUUUUAAAAAUUUCUUUCCUUUUGGUUUAUUUUCUUAAUUCAUCAUUUUUCUUUCUUUUCUGUCUUUAGUCUUUCUUUCUUCUCUUCUCUUUGUCCUGUGUUCAUGGCAUGUAGAUUGUCUUUUUUGAUCAUUUUUGCCAUUACCUGGCUUGUAAGAAAGUUUGUGCUUGUUCUUGUGUGUCCUGAACCUAAAGAAAGAAGAAUAUCUGAGGAGUUAAAAAAAUUUAAAUCCCACAUUCGUACAAGGUGAAUGUGGGACGUUUACGGCUUGUCUUUUUGUUUUUUUAAGAUAUUUUAUGUGACAAAUGCUGCCCUUUAAAAUUCAUAAUGAUGACGGUUUUAAAAGCCAUCAAAGAUGCUGACUUUUCUGAAAAAAAUUGACAUUGAGACAGUUGACGUUGGUAUCACCUUGUCUGAAAUUUCCAGCGCAGUGAUAAAGAGAAGGUGGUGUAUGAGCGGUUAGCGUGAUAUAUCACUACACUUUUGAGGUGCUGAUCAACCUGUUAAACACAAAGCAUAGCAGUUUAUUUAUGGAUAAGUAAAAAAAAAAAAAAAAAGCAUGCAGUGCUAAUACGAUUGUCUACACAGGUCGAAAAGCUAACCUUCACGUAAACCAGUACGAGAAAUAACCUUCUACCUCAAGAACAAGGUACCUCAGUCCAAUUUCUUUCUACAUAUUUUGUAUAAACCUUGUAAAGCUCAUGAGCGAUUUUUUAAUUUUCUAAAUAAAGAAGAGCGAUUUUAAAAAAAUUAAGAGAGAAUUAGUAAAGAUGGUGUAUACCACCACCAUGCUUUUUCUUGGGAAAGGGGCGUGUGUGCCUCGUAUCAGAAGCUGUACAUUAAAGAGUUCCUUCUUGAGGUUGAUAUAACUAACGCUAGCAACUGACUACCUGGAGAGAUGAGAUUAACACCAGUCUUGCAUUAGGUUAGAAUUUUUUCCCAAAGUAUAUUGUUUAACGUACAGAUUUAAUGUUAAAAAAGUCAGAUGCCAGAUAUGUGACAUGCUGUAAGUGUCAGUAGUAAGAAACGAUAUGUAGCUAAAAAAUUCAGACUGCUUGCUAGGUACAACCUUUUUUUUUUUGCAGUGUAAUUCCAUAGCGAAGUGUUGCCACUCGGAAAGGGUGCAGUAUAUCAUUAAUUCAUCUGUUCUGAAUAGCCGCUAACAACAAUCUGUGUGGUUUUAGGAUUUCUUUUUUUUUUAGUUUAAUGCUGUUACAUGAUGUUUGAUUUCCAUCUUUAGCGCAAAGUUGAUCACUAUCUAACCUGGUUGUCGGUUUAUUUACAGUUUUGUUGCUUUUUGACAUACUUUAGCAGAAGUGGACCACACUGCAGCUGGUCCUAAGUCUCGUGUUCUUGUGCUUCUGGUGUUGUUUUUCCAUGUUUCUCUGUAUCAGGUUAUUUAUACCUGUACUGUGAACGGUUUGGCCUUUAGACAUGUCAGACCUGUGAAAGCACUGGAUUAUAACAGUGCUUAUUAACACAAAUACAUUUUUAGAGCACAUGUAAGCUUCUACUAAUUUUUCCAUUUAGGUUUUAUUUUCUUUUGCUUUUUAGCUAAACCACACAGGCCACCAGCUUGGACAUGAGCAAUAAAGAGACACUUUAAAAACAA